AAAGCGACCACUGUUUACACAUGACAGCUGGAUAACUUCCGUCUAACAGGUGUUUGCUUGUGAUUGCAUUUAAAUAAGGAAGUAGGCCCUCCACUUCAAGAAAGACUGAAAAGGGAAAUAGGCCUAAGAUGGUUGUAACAAGAUCUCAAAAGAAUGGAGAUGUCUCCAGCAGUGAACAGGAAAGGGAGACAACUGAAAGUAAAGAUAAAACAGGGGACACAACUCUGUCUUCCAGUGAAAAGAAGAUGUUAAGAACUGUAUUUAUAUCAUUAGUGAUAGAUUUACUGGCAUUUACUGUGAUACUUCCGUUGCUUCCGUCAUUGCUGGACUACUAUGGAACUAAAGAGGAUGGUCUUUACAGAAGUUUGAAAGACUCUGUGAGCAGUUUCAGGGAAUUAGUAGGGGCCCCAGACACACCUCGCUGGAAUUCUGUAUUAUUUGGAGGUUUGAUAGGCUCGUUGUUUUCCCUUCUGCAGUUUAUCGCCUCACCUUUGAUUGGGGCAACAUCAGAUGUGUAUGGCAGAAAACCUGUCCUCGUGCUUUCAAUGGUGGGUGUGGCGUUUUCCUAUGCAUUGUGGGCGAUUUCUAGAAACUUUGGGUUAUUUGUGAUUGCCCGUAUUGUUGGUGGUAUCAGUAAGGGAAAUAUCAGUCUGAGUACUACUGUAGUGGCUGAUGUACUGCCUCCACAGAGACGAGGCAAGGGAAUGGCUCUAAUUGGAGUAGCAUUUUCUAUAGGCUUUGUGUUUGGGCCACUGAUUGGUGCUAUAUUUUCACGCUGGGCACGUGAGCAGCAGGGAGAGUUCUACGUGAUGCCGGCAUUGUUUGCCCUCAUACUAUCUGUGAUAGAUGUUAUAUAUGUAGCAAUGGUUUUCAAGGAAACACUACCUCACAGUAAAAGGGCAAAGUCUAUAUCCUCCGGUUGGCAGAAUACAUCAUACCUUAUCAACCCUUUCUCAUUGUUUAGAUUCUCAUCUGUUACUGGUAUAUCUCAAAAAGAUAUGUCAGAUAUAAGGAAGAUAGGAGUUGUGUAUUUUCUCUACCUGUUUUUCUACUCUGGGCUGGAGUUCACCCUGACCUUCCUGACUCAUAACAGACUUAAUUAUGACAGUAUGCAACAAGGGAAGAUGUUUUUCUUCAUUGGUUUCAUAAUGGCAGCAGUCCAAGGUGGUUAUACACGUAGAGCAUCUGCAGGGAAAGAAAUGAAGAUGGCAGCACAAGGCAUACUGAUCCUGGUGCCGUCAUUUGUUAUAAUGGCUUUUGCUUAUUCAGCUUUUUGGAUAUAUCUCUCCCUAGCACUUUUCUCAUUUGCCUCUGCAACCGUGGUGCCAUGUCUUACGACGCUGAUUUCCUUGUAUGGUGGCAAUGACCAGAAAGGGACGAUUAUGGGAAUAUUCCGGUCAUUAGGAGCCUUGGCUAGAGCUCUUGGUCCAGUUUUUGCAUCUACAAUGUACUGGAGUUGUGGAGCUGCAGUCUGCUACAUCACUGGCGGUGUACUUCUUCUUCUUCCAUACUUUCUCUUGAAACGCAGCUCCACAAACCAUGUAAAAAGUCAAUAGCAAUUAAGAAAUUUUUCUAUAGAUUUAGUUUAAGUUUUAUGAAAAGAUUUUUCUUAUACUUCAGUUUUAAACUGUUUUUGUUUGUAUUUAUUUAAAGUGGUGUUAUACUCAAAAUGAAAUUAGUAUCAAAAAUGGAAAGAACAUCAGUAUAAAUGGAUGUAAUUCUAAAUUAAUCUUCGGUAAUGGAACGUGAUAAAGUUACAGGAUAUUUCAGUUAGUUCAGUUAUGAUGCUAGCUUGUUUCAUUUAAUAUUUUUUCAGUUUUAUAAAUAAGAAAUUAUGAUAGAUUGAAAUGGAACUGUUGGUCAGUUUAGGAUCAUUUUUGUAAUCUUUGCCACGGUUUUAUGAAAGAAUGAAUAAAAAACACCCAGUCAACAAUGCCGCAUGCAUUUUUUUAGCGCAUGUUUUUCUGUAUAAGUUAACACCUUCCGCAUUCUGUUUCCUAAAAAGCCCUGCCAUAUCAAGAUAAAAUGCACGAGGAAACAUGUAUUUUUUUUUUUUUCAAAUAUCUCCUAUCUAUUUAUGACUAGUUGAACCAGAUUGUCUCGUCAUCUUGACUCCCUAAAUGCAGUAUAUAUACAUGUAUAUAUUCUAAAUCUGUUUGAAUAUGUGUGAAACAUCAGCUGCGGGCAUCUGAUGUGAAUAUGAUUAGAAAACUAUUUUUGUACACAAUGCUAUUUUUAGCUGACAUUAGUGCUUAUAAUGCUUGAAAUAUAUUUCUGUUGUGUGAUCCUAAAUAUGCUGUUAGACCUGAAUUUAGCAGCCAGCCAAGGGAGGGACACAAGGUGGUUGCAUUAACCUUAACCCUGAUGGCAGCAAGUGAUUCUGCCUUUGCAACCAGUGCAGGAUCAUCCUGCCUCUGUGCAGUCUGAUCAUGGUCUGCACUGUUGCUAUUCAGUCAGUAAAUUGACUGAGAACAGCCCUUCAUAUAAUGAAUGGUACUGCCCAAAUUGAAUGAUGGACAAGUCCAUUUUAGAAUUUAGCAGGGUAAAGGUUAAGAAAAGUUGAAAUUAGUCUAGUUGGGAAGUAAGUAGACUGACUGCCUAAGGAAAGUGGCUGCUUGAUACAGGUGACCAACAUGACCGGUUCAGCUAUACAGACUUGUUAAAACUUGUUCCGACAGCAAAAAUUGGACUAAAAAUAGAUCCUGUAAUAUUCAAAUUUACUUUUUUAUCAUUUUAUCAUAUGAUAAUUAUUUUGUUAUAAAUGUUAUAUUUUAAAUUGCUUAAAAUUUUGUGAUAUUUCUUUAAAAAAAAUGAGUUUGUUUAAUUGUAUUAUAGAACAAUUGUUUCUGUUGUCUGAUUGUUUGUUUGGCAUAUGAAGAGAAUUUAUUAUAUUUAAAAAUGUUUAAUCUAUUUUAACAUGUGAUUGGAAUUGUUCUUUUUUUCAAUAUUGUCCUCAAAUAAUAGAAACAUUAUAUUUUUUUGUACCUAACCUUACCAGUAUAUUUGAGUUUUUACUUACAAUUUAAAUCUUAAUUUCAAACCAGUUUUGUCCAUUUUCAAGAAAAAAGCUAGAAUCAUUUUGUACAAGAAGGUCAAAUUUUUUUAUAAGAUGUAAAACAAGACUCAUGAUAAAUCAAUGUAGUAAAUUAAGAGUGCCAUUUUAGUUGCCACGUUUAUCAUAAAGUUUUCAUGUCAUUUAACAUAUUUUAAGUCAUUUUAUUUAAUUUUGCACAUUUUACAUUUUGACCUAUGCUUUAUAUUCAAUACAGAAUCUAUUAAACACUAUUCUGAUAUGCUUGUCUCUGUUAAAACACUCUUAUGCUAGAAUGACGUCACAUUAACGUGCGCUGACAUCAAAGUUUUUGUUGCGACAAAGAAAGAGCGCUUGUAUAUUUUUUAUCCUGUCACUUGCAGUAUUUUCAACCUGAUAUCAGGGUGCCGUAUAUCUUUCUUGAUAUACCGUCAGUUGACACAUGACCAGUGAUAUACGGUCAGUUGAUCAUGUGACCUUAUGAUCGAUAUUGUUGUCAUAAGAAAUUUUGCAUUGAAACCAUCACCAUUGUGUUGGAAAUGUCCGAACUAAGAAAAUGAGUGGUCAAAUAAUGAGCUUUUAUUCAAAAACGAAGAAGUUAUUGCGAUUUUGUCUGUGAUUACGUCAUUAUAUAAGUGACGUCAUUACGAAUAUGACGUCAUUAAAAGCGGUUGUCGCACACUUAUUUUUGUAAAACAAAUUGCCAAAUAUCGGAAAAUGAAGUAAUGACAAGAUAAAUAGAAUAAUAGGUUAGUGCCUAAGAUGGAGAAAGUUUAUCUGGCUCGGCUCCGGAUGUUAUCAGGUUCGCCUUCGGCUCACCCGAUAACCUCCUCCACCUCACCAGAUAAACUUUCUCAUCUAAGGCACUAACCUAUUAUUCUCUAUAUCUACUGUUUUAGAUUAAGGGCAUAUGAGGACCGAAAUAAAUUAUAGCAAAAUCAUCUUUUAACACUAUUUAUACACUCGGGCAGUAAUACGUCGUACAAAUAAUUUCACUCGGGCUGUGCCCUCAUGGUAUUAUUACGCCCGACGUAUAACCGCCCAUCGGGCGUAAAUAGUGUUAAAACACUUUUUUGCUAUAUAUUAUUUCUUAAAUAUUUACUGUCAGUCUUCUUCGAUAAAAAUCAUUAAAACAUUGUUUUAAAUGACUAACAGUAAAGUUCUUAGAAGUAGCCUCACAUCAUAUGAUUUUACCCAAGCCAGUCCAAAUCAAGGGUUUCAAAGGGUGUACUAUCAUUCAUGUUGGUGUAUAAUUGGAUGAUUACUACCACUAAUACGCUGGGUCAGAUAUCAACAGGUUAGUUUAUGCAUGUAUAUUUAGGAAUGUUUUUUAGUUGUAAAGCAUUUUUAGAGGUAUGUCUUACAUUUUCACUUAAGAAAUAACUAGUCUCUAAUUAAAUAUGCCAAUUAUCAAAUGAAUGGUCUUGUAACCAUUUUAGAAAUGUUUUUUCAAAUGGGAGAAUUAUGUAAGUUUACACUGAUGACUUUGUCUGGCUUUCCUUAUUAUUACAAUUCAAUUCAAUCCAAUUCAAACAUUUUAUUUGUGUCUCAUCUUAGUGUAUACAUGAACAUAUAUAAAAUGUACAAGUACAUGUAACACAAAGCCAAUCUAUACAGAUUUGUAAGAGACUAUACAUUACAAAACAUGAAAUAUUUAGUCUAUAUCAAAGAAAUUUGUUACUGAAUCAUGCAACUGUAGCCAUUCCCCAUCUAAGAGUUCUGUCUGAUAAUACCCCAUAUUGAGCCUCUUUCUGUGUUCAUACGAUGCAAUUACUAGUAUUCUGCAUACACUUUCAUUUUGUUUUUACAAUUUUCCAGUUUUCUUAUCAGUCACAUCAUCAUUAUUACUAAGCUAUUCUGUCUGUUGUCAUGACAAAUCUGAACCAUUGACAUAGUAACUUUACAUGCUUUUUAUACAUAUUUCUUUGUGGAAUAUUUGUAAACAUGAAUUUUUGCGAUGUUUUCAAGCAGCAUAUGUUGAGAAAUUUUAUUGCAUUUUGCUGAAGAUCUCCAGUUUGUUUUACAUUUCUUUGUGAUUGUUAUGUGUACAUGAAUCUUUGUACUGUUCAAGACCAUGACUUUUAUCCUCCAAAAUUAGUGUUUUCAUAGGGAUAUGUCUUUGACCCAGCUACAACUACUGUAAAAGCAGAAAAUUUUCGCGAGGAAUUAAUUUUCGCUGUAUUCGCGAGUCCCAACAUCUCGCGAAAAUUAAUCCUCGCAUAAAUAUUCACCAUUAGUAUAAUUCUAAUUCAAGCAGGAUACCAUUUUUACAAUUUCGUGAAUAUUUAACCUCGAGAACAUACUCAAAAUUUCAAAUUCGUGAAAUUUUGACCCCGUGAAAAUAUGUGCGUUUACAGUGUAUUGCUUGAUUUUGAAUGAAAGAAUUAUUGAAUAUGUAGAAAACCUUAGCUGUGUUACUGCACGUUUACUAAAACUGCUUGAAACUCAUUGUUAUGGACCUUCAGUAUGAAGGUAAACAGAUAUUUUUAUUGCUUCAGAAAGUCCAUUGCAAUUUAUAACUGUGUUAAUGAAUUUAUAUUUGUUAAAUAUAUCUGUGUAAUGUCCAAAAAAUAUAUUUUUGAUGAUCAAAAUGAAUUAAGACAUGCGGUGUACAAAUAUACCUUAACAGCGAGUUUUUUUUUUUAAAUAGAUGAAUGUUAUUAUACUUGGCACUUCCAGUUGUGAGCCACCUGUAAUUACAUUCUUAUUGGAUUGAUGUUUGGUCCAUCAAAAAGAAAAAUGUGAUUGCCAGUUGGUAAAUACUUACAAAUUGCAAUAAAUCACGUUAUUAUAAUUAUACCUGUAUAAAUUCUGUCAAGAAAAAGGUUUGUAAAAUAGAUACGAACAGGCAAAAAAAAUGCAUAUUGUACCUUUUGAAAAUUGUAUGUUGCCAGGCUGCUUUCAUUUAAUAUGCAUGACCUGACACAGUUCUGUAAAUAGCGCACACAAAAACUACACUGAGUAAAAAUAACAUCAAUAAACAUUUUACUUUUAGCCUGCUGGCGGCAAGUAAUUCUGCUUUUGUGACGUCCGUGCAGACUGAUCAUAGUCUGCACUGUUCGCCAUUCAGUCAGUAAAUUUUCAGUGAACACCCCUUCGAAUAAUAAAUGGUAUUGCCCAAAUUGAACGAUGGACCAGUCCAUAUUAGAAAUUUAGCAGGCUACAUGUGUACAGAUGAAGAUUUUGUUUGAUAACAGAACAACAAACAAAAAGGUGAAGGUAUAAUAAUAGGGUUAUUUUAACUAACUAGUUCUGGGAUUUUGUAUUCGGCUCUUGUGGAUUUUGCCAGGUCAGAUCACACUCAGCGCUUACGCACCUGGUGUGAUCCAUCCUGGCAAAAUCCACUGGAGCUGAAUACAGCAUCCUAAAUCAAGCUACUAUUAUAAUAACCCUAUUAUAUAACUACUUGAAAUCAAUUUCCAACUGCUAAAAUCCAGAAUCUGAAUAUUGAAUAGUUUUGAUUUUGCAGCACAGUCCUGUUCACAUCACAAAAAACAUUUAAUAAUUAAAAAAAUAACUUUAAAAUUCUUGUAUGGGCUUAAAAUUGUUGUCAUUAUUUUCAGAUUUAAACACAAAAUUAACGUAGGGGUAAAGCAGAAAAGUUUGUAAUUACUAUUAAAUUUCACUUGCUGUUCAGUCUAUAUUUAGAUUUCCUUAUUUCACUGGGUGAGUCAACUGAGAAAAAUACAGUUUUACAAGUUCUUCAGUUUAUAUCAUAAUUUAUCCAUUUUUAUGAUAAUUUUAGGCACACAAUAAUUUUAGGCAUACAAUUUCACUCUAUUUUUCUCUGGCAUUUCUUUGCAAGCAUAAUUUUACUAAUUCUGCUAUUAAUUUGUUUAAUCAGUUACAAUUUAUUUAUUGGCCAUAUUUUUUAAUUUCAAGGGUCAUUCAGUAAAUAGUGCAAGCACCUAGAUAUAUUUUAAAGUAUAUUGAAUAAAUGACAUACAUAUAAACAUAGAUAUAUCCAUGGCAAGAAUUGAAAGCCAAAGUGGUUUUAAAUAUUGAACGACCCUUGAACUAAUAUCUGAAUGAGGUGUUGGGUUAUUUGUAUGAGCACAAAUAUAUGCUUUGAAGCUGUUUUUGAAGUCUUGGUGUAGGGAGAUUAUCUGAAUUAAUUUGAAGUGUUUUGAGUUGUGUAUAUAAUAUGCUUUAAACUUUGAUUUUCAGACAUAACAUUGAAGAAAAUUUGAAGUCAGCUAACAGAUGUUUCAUUAGAACUGUAUUAUACCCUUAUCAAGCUGGACACGAAUGGUCCUGCCUUUGCGACCAGUGUAGAUCAUGAUCAGCCUGCACAUCCGUGCAGUCUGAUCAUGUUCUGCACUGUUCGCCAUUCAGCCAGUAUCUUUUUGGUUAGCACCCCUUUUAACAGUUAAUGGUACUGUCCAAAAGAUGGACAAGUUCAUAAUAGAAAUUUAGCAGGGUUCGGGUUAAAAAGAUUGAUUGCCUGUGGUCAAGAGAUGACACCUAUUGUCCUUUCGGUCAGCACCUGAAGAGUUAAGGUCAAAGUAACAUUUGAAAUUGAAAAUGGUUUCUAAUCUAUUUCUGGAGAGAGGUUAGGCCAAUGACUAUCAGUCUUCAUAAGAUGAUUGACUGUGGUUAGUAGAUAACCCCUGUUUUUGUUUAGGUCAUUUGGUCGAAAUCAUAGCAUACAAAAUUUACAUACCCAGUUGCCUGCAACAGGCCAUCAUUGGCAGGGGGGGGGGCAUAUGUUACUUGUAAUCAUCAGAAUUUUUUAGAGAAGGUCUUGGAACAUAAUGUUUGUGUUUAAACUGAUUAUAAUUAUACUGUAAGAUGUGACCAAAAGCAGUCAUACCCAUGACCUCUCACAAAUUAAAGGUUAAUUGUCAGACAAUUAAUGUUGCCAUGGCAUAUAUUUAAUUAAGACAUUUUUACUUGACAUUAAAAGGCAGUAUGAUCCAGGCAGUGAAUAAAUACCUUAACUAUAGAUAUAUAUACAAUAUUGAAAUUUUUAUAUUGCUAAUUGCUCUUAAGGUCCAUUUUAUCAGCUGUCAAACCCUUAGCCUGCUGGCAGCAAGUGUUUCUGCCUUUGCGACCAGUGCAGACCAAGAUCAUCCGUGCAGUCUGAUCAUGGUCUGCACUGUUUGCCAUUCAGUCAGUAUGUUAUUGGUAAGCACCCCUUUUAGCAGUUAAUGGUAUUGUCCAAAUUGAAAGAUGGACAAGUUCAUUAUACAAAUUUAGCAGGAUAAGGGUUCUAGUACUAGUCUGGCAGUAUCAGAGGACAGUUUUCCUGACAUCCUUAGUUCUUUAAAGGUUGAGCUUAUAGAUUGUGUGCAAUGAGGGUGGUUUCUUUGUGUUUGUAAUAUAAGAUAUACAUGUAUAUUGUUAAUCAGAGAAGUAUUAAAUAAUUUGUUAAUUUCUUUUUCUUACAUACCUAACAUAAUCAUUUUUAUUUUUUAAUCUAUGCAAUAUGUUGAAAAAAAUAUUCAAUUUGUUUUUCAUGACAUUAAAUAAUAUUUUUACA